GUGCAUCUCAUUCACCUGCCAGCUGGCACCCGUCCAAACGAGCCACGUCAGCGCCACUCUGCAGCCGUAUUCAGGAUUCACCAUGCCUUGGGUGACGGAAUCUCGCUCAUGUCUCUCCUGCUAGCUGCCACCCGCCGAACCGACAACCCGGACCUCCUUCCGAGCCUACCAGGCAGCUUGGGUGCAUCCACUAGGCAAAAGAUCCCCUCCUCCUCAGAGCCACCCACGAGCAGCAGUGAUGGUAGCAGCAGUGGUAGGAACAGAAGCAGUAGCAGUGAGGGGGGAAGCAGCAAGGGAAAAGAGGCAGCGUCAGAAGUUUCCAGGAUUAAGGGGUCGUUCCGAAGGUUGCUGACGCUCCUGUGGGUUGCGCUUGUGCGGGUGGUGGUGGCGGUGUGGCGGAUGGUGCGAGUGGCAGUCAACACAACCAUGCAGAUUCUCGAGUACCUCGCAGUGCUUCUGUGGGUUGCCGACACACCAACGCCCAUCAAGGGAGGACCCCACCUGCACUGCCACGCCCUGCCACGCUGCUUCGCCGUGUCCCCUGAAAUGAGCCUAGAGGACGUUUCGGCCAUUCGCAAGGCAGUGAAAGGCGCGACGGUCAAUGACGUCAUGCUGACGGUGAUCUCAGGUGGAAUAGAGCGGUACCUUGCUCUUGUUGGCAGUGACACUACAAAUGGAGGGUCCCCAUUGCCUCACCGGCUGCGGGUCAGUGCACUAGCACUCUUCAACCUGCGACCAGCACCGGGCCUGCAGGAAUUGAGUGAGCUGAUGGCGGGGCAGAGGUCGCAAGCACGGUGGGGCAACCACCUUGGGAAUAUCCUGCUGCCACUGCCCAUCUACAGCAGAGCGCAGGGAAGGAACUACCGGCCGAGCCAGCAGAGUGAUUCAAACAAGCCAAGCUGCAGGGCGGGGGAGGGGGAGCGGGAGGGGAAGGUCACGAGGGAGGAGGUGGAGCGGCUGGGCGCAGUGAGGGCGCUGUGUGCAUCGAGGAAGGACUCGCUGAUGGCUCACUGGACGUACCUGAAUGGCCGCCUGCUCAUGCCGCUCGUGGGAUGCAAGCCAGUGGCAGUGCUCACCCGUCGCAGCCUGGAUCAGACCACCCUCUCGCUCUCCAAUGUGGUGGGGCCGUUAGAAGAGGUGGCACUGCACGGCCACCCCAUCUCUGCCAUCAUUCCUUCAGUCUACGGCAGUAACCAUGCGCUCACGUGUCACAUUCAGACAUACAAGGGAGCUGCUCGCGUAGUGGUAUCUGCGGUUAAGCAGCACGUCUCAAACCCACACCUGCUCUGCCGGUGCUUCUUUGAGGCGUUUCAGCAACUCAAAGAAGAGGCAAAGACGAUUGUCUAG